ACCCUCACCACUCUCCUCUUCUUCAUUCGCUUACAAUUCUCAAUAUUCAAUUUCCUCUCUGCAAUUCAUUCCAUUCCCCUUCUCUUUCGUCUCUGUCAUUCUCCAGGCCUGCGAUUCAACACUCUGUUCCUGUUUUUGACUCUUGUCAUCUUUUUCUUUGCAUCCGUCGAAAUAGAUCGGAGAAUUUUUGAAAGAUUUGUGAAUGGUGGAAGAAAAUUCUUGUAGUAGUUAUUACAUGCGCUCCCUUUUGGAUUCAAGGGCGAGCGCUCGUCUUCCUCUUUCUGCUGCUUCUUCUUUCGCUUUUGGUUCUUGCAAGGAAGGCUGGUACUACCGCUGCCUCGGAGUUGACCCUUGAGAUCUCUCUCUCUCUCUCUCUCUCUUUGUUUCUCUACCUUCUUCUCGAUACAACCCCGUUUCAAGGAAUUUUAACAUUUUUUUCUCCAAACUUUUUUGCGAUUUCUCUCUUUCGGUUUUUUCAUUGCGGCGCUAGCUUUGGGAAAUUUGUCGUGGUUGUCGUCGGUGGCCGAUUCUCUGUUUCUGGGAUAUAAUUUGAAGAAAAAGAAGGGAUUCGGAUUGGUGGGAUUUUGAAUUUGGAUUUCGAUUUGGAUUUCAAUUUUCUUACGAGGAUGUUGCUGUACAAGCAGAAGAAGAAUCAGAAUGUUAAGGGAAACAGGCUCUUGAUCAGCAUCAAUGUGCUCGGCAGUGCUGGUCCGAUUCGAUUUAUUGUGAACGAGGAGCAACUUGUUGCUGCUGUUAUUGAUACCGCAUUGAAAUCCUACGCGCGUGAGGGCCGGCUGCCGAUUCUUGGGUCCGAUCUCAAAGAUUUCCAGCUUUACUGUCCAAUUGCUGGACCAGAUGGUAAUUCAAGCCCUGUUUUAAGAUAAUUCAAUCGCCUUUCGUGAUAAUUAUCCUUUACAAUACUUUUGCAUGCUUCCAAUAUGAAGUGGCUGAAGAAAUUUGUGAUGCGGUUCAUAAAUUUGUUCUCUAUUUCAAUUUCGGUUCUAAAUUUUGUGAUGGGAAUCUCUGUUCUGGGGGCUCCCCUCGACCC